AUGGCAUCCGGAAGCAGCAACUGCGAGCCCCAGGGAGGCGACUAUGGAAUCGGCAGAUCGGUGUGCCUACACUUCGCCUUGGAAGGCGCCACAGUCGGGUACACGUAUGUCAAGGGCAUCGAAGACGUCGACAAGGACGAAACCAUCAGACUGAUCAAACAAAUCAAAUGCCCUUCCUCCAGUAGAGACCCGAUCGCCAUAGCAGCAGACCUGGGAAAUGAAUCGGAGUGCCAAAGGCUUGUUGACGAGUUUAUUAAAGAAUACAGGACUAUUGACAUCCUGGUCAACAACGCGACAAUUCAGUACUACACCGACUCGAUCGACGACAUAACCGAAUCCAGGUUGGAGAACAUAUUCUGGACCAACAUAUUCGCCUACUUCCUCAUGGCGAGAUUCUCACUGAAUCACAUGAAACGAGGGAGCUGCAUCAUCAACACCACGUCCAUCACGGCCUACAGAGGGAACAGCUGUAGCCUCGAGCUGCUGGAGUACAGCGCGACGAAGGGAGCGAUCGUGAGCUUUACGAGGAGCUUGAGUUCGAGGCUUGUGAAGCAAGGGAUCCGGGUUAAUGCGGUUGCCCCGGGACCCAUUUGGACGCCGAUACAGGUAGCCACGAUGCCGCCGGGGAGAUCGACCAAGUUGGGAUUCCUACUUCCCAAUGGGGGCUUGAUCGUUAAUGCGUAA